AGUUGCUGCCAAGAUGAAUCUUAAUCAUAAUUAUUUACACUUGAUACAGGCAUUGUAUUGUGUCCAAGUAUUAGCUCAAGUAACUGCAGUAGUCAUGGAGGAGAUCAAAGUCUUUCAGACACCUCCAGAAAUAAAGGCUUUUGAGGGAGACACGAUCAAUAUGCAGUGCUCUUGUGAACAGGACGAAACGAUUGAAAGUAUCAGGGUAGAUUGGACCAAAGACUCAAAGUCAUUGCUUCAGGUAACGACAAUGAACCCAGCUCACAUCAACAGAAGUUUUUCUUCCAUUAAUGAAACAACUGCAGAGCUGACAAUUGAAAAUAUUGUCCGACAUGAUUCAGGAAUGUACUUCUGUGAAAUGUUUGUUGAAAUACCACCACCAGUUCAAAGAGGCCUUGGGAGUGGAACAAAAUUAACCGUGCAAGCGUGUCAGAACUACGGUCCUAAAUUUGCUGCACUGAUACUGUUGGUGAUAAUCGUUCCUGCAAUUUUGUGUUACAAGCAACAACAGAAAAGGCAAAGAAAGGCAAGAGCACCAGAUGGUAUUGCGAUGGAAGUGAUUAAUGAAGAAAACCAAGAGAAUGGAGGAAAUGAGGAAAACUCAUCGUCAAGAGGCUCAUCUCAUUGGAUGACUUCAUCGCUUUAUGAAUCUUUUGAUUACUUCACAAUCAAACAAGAAGAAAAUGAAGAAACUUGUUGCAAAAUAUCAGACAGUUGAUUACAAACAAGGAGAAAAACACUUUCAAGAUAGAGUUUGUGUUUUUGGCUUUUCAUAAUUUCAGACAAAGUCAA